GGCACGCCGCGGUCCGCAGCACAGGCGCCCGGGAGCCUGGCGGCGGCGGCCGCGGCCCCGAGCAGCCCCGUCGAGGACCGCUCCGCCGAAGCCGCCGGCUCCACCGCCGGGGGCGCCGCCGCGCCCCACGGCCUCGCGAGCCGCCCCGAGCUCCACGUGCAGGUCGGCGCGGCGGCGGAGCUCGACAGUGAGAUGGGCAGGUGGUGCGUGAACCUCCCGGAGAAGGGUAGCGACGUGAAGCCCAAGGCGGAGGGCAGCUUGAAGCAGGAGAGGCAGGCGGGGAAGGCGGAGAAGGCCCCGGCUCCCGCCGAGGCGUGCACGCCCGCCACUCCACGGCCCCGCCUCGGAGGCGGCGAGGGGCACGUCGAGGAGGGGGCGCGCUCCCCGUUGGCAGUGGGGCAGCCGCGCCGGCGCCUGAGGCCGGACCACGCCGACGCGCGCACCCCUCAUCGCCCCGCGGCCGCCGCGCCCGCGGCAGCAGCGGAGAGGCGCCUGCCCGCCCCCACGGAGGGC